AUGCCGCCAGGCCUUCUAUUAGGAUCUGCCUUCCUCCUCGUCGCCAUUGCAUUGGCACUGCUUGCCGGUCUCCAGAUUCGAGCAGGAUAUCGCGAAUUCCUGGCGCUGGGUCCAGGCGGCACGCCGAGCAACUUCGCAGGUUUCAUACGAGUCAAGUUCCUGGCCCAAUUCGAAUUGAGAAACCGCUACGUUCCUGGUCCAGUGCCUCGAGAUUCGAAAUGGAGCUGUCUCACGGCCUUACCGUUGCGGAGUCGACCUCGUCCGUUGACCAAGGGGAUCGCACCACAUAGGCAAACGGAUCAGAGGCCGAGCCAGAAGGUGUUUGUGAAAUUGGCGGCAUGCAUCGAGCGGAUAGCGCAGGGCAACAGUACGGAUCUGGCGAUAGGGACGUCUUGCUUCGAGAAACACGGUACCGGCCUCUUCUCAAAGUCACCCGCGACGAAGACUUGCCGAGGCGAGAUCGUCCAUUUGCAUGGAUCGGAUGGGAGCAUGCAUCUGACGCUUCACCCAAGCGAUGCGAAAGUCGUCCUGGAGGCUGGCUGGGGCGAGAGACAUCCACUUGCGGGUGUUUUCAAGAGAUGGUUUCUGCCCCAGCUGCCUGUUGGAUUCGUCAUGCUGUAUGCACCACAGAACGAUGAGGAGAUUGAGAUUGUGCUGGAGGUCAUUGGCGCUGCUGCUGCGUUUGUUCAUGGGCAAGUGACUGGGUUUGCUAAGGGGUUUGAAGGUGGUCAUGCGGGGAAGCAGCAGUUGGGCUUGGAUCGCUGUUGCGAGGUGGCGGUUAAUGCUGCUCGUCUUGUGUCGACGGAGUAG